AUGUCUUGCGAGAACUGCAAAACCGGCUUCAAGUGGGACGGCCAGGCCUCUGGCAAGGAGACCACCCUCAACAACUCCAAGGCCUACGUCGCUGGCGACUCUAAGGAUGCCGCGAUUCUCAUCCUCACCGACGUCUUUGGCUGGACCCUCCCCAAUAUCCGCCUGAUCGCGGACCACUUCGCAAAGGAGUCCCAGGCGACUGUCUACGUCCCUGAUCUCUUUGAUGGCGAGGUCGUCGAUCCUGACGCGAUGUCCGACCCAGAGAAAGCCAAAAAGUUUGACCUCAUGGCCUUCCUCGGCCGCCACAGCAAGGAGAAUCGCUGGCCGCAGAUUAAGGAGUACGCUCAGACGCUGAAGAAGCAGUACAAGAAGGUUGUUGCGAUUGGCUACUGCUACGGCGGAUGGGCAUGUUUUAAGCUCGGUGCUGACCCCCAGCUUAUUGACGCCAUCUCAAUGGCCCAUCCCUCGCUCGUGGACAAGGCCGAGAUCGAUGCCACUAAGGUUCCUGUCCAGAUCCUUGCGCCUGAGAACGACCUUGCAUUUACCGCAGAGCUCAAAAAGUACGCGCUUGAGAAGCUGCCUCAGCUCAACAUUCCUUGGGAGUACGUCCACUUCCCUGUUGUGCAGCACGGCUUUGCUGCGCGCGGUGACCGCAACGAUGCUACACAGAAGGCUGCGCUCGAGAAGGCGAAGAGGGACGCCGUUGGAUUCUUCCAAGAGUACCUGCACUAG